UAGAUGUAUAAUCCCUGAGUUGACCCAGAAAAUAGGCAGUUGUUUCAAGAUCUGAUGCGGCAAUCUGAGCAUCGGCCCUGCUUGAGCAUGAAGCGUAACCCUGUGGAAUACAUACUGUAAUCUGAAGACACCUCGCUUUGCAGUGCAAAACUAAAAUAAAACGUAGCAGUAGCAAAAUCCCUGAACUUUAAUCCGAGUAGAUACGGACAGGAGCCAUGGCGGAUCAUCUAAUGAUGCCCAUGAACCACAGCUCCGUGGGCGGAGGUCUCCACGGCUACAGAAUGGGCAUGAACGGAGGCCUGCAGGCAGGCCACCAGCAGCACGCCGUGCCUCAGCCUGGCCUCCGAGCCCUGCCCAAUGGCCAGAUGAUGCACUACGGCGGGGGACCUCAGCAGCAGGCCACCAUGGAGGUGGCCAUGAGGCAGCGGCAAGGCAUGGUGGGACCCGUGAACGGACAGCUCAACGGGGCUCAGAUGGGCCACCACCAGAUGACGUCUGGUAACAUAAUGUACAACAACGGGCAGGCCCAGCAGCAACACCACCCCCAGCACCACCACAUGAGCCAGCAACAGCAGGUCCAGCAGCACCCACAGCAACAACAGCAGUAUAUGAACGGUGGUCUCACGUCCCAGCAGCUCAUGGCCAGCAUGCAUCUGCAAAAACUCAACACCCAGUAUCACGGACAUCCACUGGGGCCCAUGAACAGCAACCACAUGGGAAACGGGGCAGCCCAGUACUGCAUUGGCCCGGCCCAGCUGGCUAACAUGCAGCAGAUGGCCGGGCCGGCACUGGCCUUGAAUGGCAUGGACGCAGACAUGAUUGACGAGGAGGUUUUGACAUCCCUGGUCAUGGAGCUGGGCCUGGACCGCAUUCAGGAGCUGCCCGAACUCUUCCUGGGCCAGAACGAGUUUGACUUCAUCUCAGACUUUGUGAGCAAACAGCUGCCCAGCACCGUCAGCUGCUGAGUGAGAGAGGACCUGAGUCAAUGGUGCUGUGAAGGGGCCUGGAAGGGUGGAGAGUUUGGAAAGACUUGAGUAGAGUGUUGCCCACGGGAGACAACUCCGCUUUUUGUGUUGUGCCUUUCACUGUAACUGUGCUAGGUCGCCGUGAAAGGCAGAGAAGAGUGAGCGAGAGAUGCUGGUCUGGAUAACCACAGUGCUAUGGUGUCAUUUGUGAAGUGACCAGAGGUGUGGUUCUGUGUUGGGUCGCAGCUCACCUGUGUAGGGACAUCGUCCACCCGCAUCUCUUCUCUCCAGAGAUGAAUGUAAACAAAACUGCUCAAUUUGAGAAGCCACUCUGAAAAAUGUUAAGACACUUGCCUCCUACCUUGGACUCAAUGGCAGUUUAGUUUGUAAGAUGUAUUUAUUUAUUACUCUCUCAGAGAAAUUAAUAUAGAACAAACCAGAGACCGACAGAUCUUCCAGAGAGAGGAUCAAGUGCUUUUGGUGUUUUGGGUAAGAUUAGGGGAAGUAAGCCCCUCAAAUUAAUUUUUGAUCUUCCAAGAGCUUGGAUUUCUCUCCAAGAAUGGAGACUGCAGUACAAGUAGAACGUCAUUUCAUGGAUUUAAAUGGAAGUCCAUCAUAAUUGAAUAGCUCACUUUUGGCAAGUAUUGCUUUUAGCUGUGAUGUUCUCAAACCUUCUGCUUGUACUGUAUACAUCUGUGUUACUACAGGAAAGUCUAUGUAAGAUGUAGAACUGCCUUAAUUAUGCCAAUUUAUUAUUAUUUUCUUUACUUUAUUGGUGUUUUUUUUAAUCUUCCCUUUGCGGUCAAGACGGGGGGGGGGGUGUAAAGGGGUUUUGAGGAUCAAUAAAAAUGGCCUGGAUAUAAUUGUGGCCUGCUUUUACAUUCAUUGCACAACUCCCCCAGGCAGAGGAGAGCAUUAAAGGUAACCUUGGGGCUAAAGGGAAUAUGCCACUUCAGGGCUUUCCAGCCUGCAGGGUCCAGGAUAUUAAAUAACUUAAUACUGAAUUAAUUUAUCUCAAAGGAUUCCCUGUUUCUUAGGAAUAUCUUUAUUUCCCUCAGAGUAUGCACAGUCUUAUGAUGACUGAGACGUUUACUGCUGUAAGCAGCAAAUUGCCUUCAAUCUUGUCAUGGAAAAUUAUGACUGGUGUGUUAAAAUCAAACUCAAAGGUGCACUGCUAUACACCAAAAAGCUGAGUUUCUAAUCUGAAUUCUUGACCUUUGAUAUGGAGAAGGACCCACAUUGUGGUUUUAGUCAUUGCAUUCCUGAUCAUCCUGACUCCCAUUAAAAAAAAUCGAUUGAGGAAUGAAUUUCCUGGUUCCUAGAAGUUACCAUAACUCAUAUCUGUUGUUGGGUAAAAAAGUAGGUGAGAUCUAGGCAUGUGUAUGGCGGGGGAGGUGGAGCGGGCCAGGGUUAAUCUACGCUUAACUUGAUGGGGGUUUAACUGAAUUCAUCCCAUGUAAAUUACUACUCCACGGCCAAAGAGAAGUAUGGCACACCUUUAGUGACAGAGGAUGCACUUAAUGGGUGGUUGGGGAAGCAAAAUGAAUAUAGGUUUGUGCCAAUAACAAAUGGCAUAUACAACCAUGGCUUCCUUAAAAAAUAUCUGUAUAAAUAUCCCAUGCCUUUUGCAAUGUUAUAGCCACCUGAUAUCAAUUCGAAUGAGUUUCUUAGUAUUCUAUGGGGUUGGGGUAUGCUUUUCGCCUCAGGGCAUGGAAUGCUUGAUUGAUGUCAUGUUAUGCAGAAAUCGCUCUGCCAUUUCCUGGUUGCUAAAACUCAUAGUUCGCCAAACUUCAGCUAGUGACAAAAUAAGCUAGUAUAGUGUAGAGAGUCAUUGUACCAUCUAAGCUGCUGUGAAAUAUAUUUGACAUAACCAAAAAUAUUGUUUCAGCUGUUUGACGAUGGUGUACAAAACCGAAAGUAAAAGACGCAAAAACAAAACGGGAAGAACGGGAAGCAUAGAAAUAGCGCACAUAGGACAGAUAUACUGCUUCUUAGACUUGCUUUCCAGUAGAAUGAUCAUCUAUAACUCACAUAUGUGCAUUUGGUCAGGUUGCCCAAAAAGUAACAAAUUGCCAGUUUAAGAUAUAUUUUUGCAACUUGAUGAGGAACAAGUCCUCGCUUUUGUCUUAACUCAUUCUAAAAUAGACAUCUAUUUUCAGUAGUUCCAUUGUGUAGAACAAGUCAGCCCUUACUGCCAAAUUGAAACAUGGAAUCCACGGGUGGCUUGCUCUAAUUGCAACUCACUUGAUCUUAAUGUAACUUACGUUUGUGUUUGCCAAACACAACAACUCUAGAUUCAGCCGAGGGCAUGUGGGUUUUACUUGGGUUGUCGUGAGAAAGGCUGGGGCAUAAGCUACAAUUGUUCUGCACCCCAUGGCAUCAUCCUUAGUAAUGGUUGCGGGGUCCCUGCCCAACAUACAGGGUCUUCCUGGACAGUGAAGGUUGUGCUGAGGCAGGAGGACUAACUGGCAGAUCACUGGCUCCACACACUAUAUCUGAAAACACUGCCUUGCAAGGUCCCUCUUGUAAAAGAGGUGGUUUCUUAAGCAUUGCGCAUCCAGAGUUAAAUGGGAUUCUGUCUCAAAUGCCCCCUGUUUGCUCACUCAAUCCCUUGUUAUGUUUGUUACCUACAGAGGGGCCAGUGUAGACAUAGGUUAAUCGGGGUGUGACUGGAAGACGUUUACAGUUAGCCUUUUUCUGUUUUUCUCUUUCUCUCAGACAAGGCAGCCCACCCACAACAACUGCUAGCUACGCAACUUGUUUUCUUCUUGUGUCGGCUUGCGGUUUCCUCUAUGUCAAAGCUCAAAACCCACAUGGAGAGAAAGACCGAUAGAAACCAAAUUCUGCAUGUGAACACCAAGGAAAUUCUCCAAUGUGAAAAAAAGUUACAUUAAAAACGACUUCUUGAAA